GCGAGGAGGCCGGGGCGGGGUAGCGCAGGGGGCAGGGCCGCGGCGGCGAGGCCGGGGGAACGGGGAGGAGCGGGGCCCGAUAAAAAGGCUGCGAGGCGGCCCCACCCCGCGGCAGGCCGGCGGGCAGGCUCCGCGCUUCCCUUCCGUCCGGCCCGCGCCGGCCGCGGGGAGGCGGCGCGCGCGGCCCGCAGCCCGCCCAUGGAGGCUUUCCCCUGGGCGCCCCGCUCGCCCAGCCGCGGCCGCGCCCCCCCGCCCAUGGCGCUCGUGCCCAGCGCCCGCUACGUGAGCGCCCAGGGCCCGGCGCACCCGCAGCCCUUCAGCUCGUGGAACGACUACCUGGGGCUCGCCACGCUCAUCACCAAGGCGGUGGACGGCGAGCCGCGCUUCGGCUGCGCCCGCGGCGGGGACGACGGCGGCGGCGGCGGCGGCGCCUCCCCGCCCUCCUCCUCCUCGUCGUCCUGCUGCUCCCCCCACGCGGGGACCGGGCCCGGAGCCCUGGGGCCGGCGCUGGGGCCGCCCGACUACGACGACGACGACGACGACAGCGACGAGCCGGGGUCCCGGGGCCGCUACCUGGGCGGCGCGCUGGAGCUGCGCGCGCUGGAGCUGUGCGCGGGCCCCGCCGAGGCCGGGCUGCUGGAGGAGCGCUUCGCCGAGCUGAGCCCGUUCGCCGGUCGCGCCGCCGCCGUGCUGCUAGGCUGCGCGCCCGCCGCUGCCGCCACUGCCGCCGCGGAGGUGGCGCCGCGCGAGGAGCGGGCCCCGGCGUGGGCGGCCGAGCCCCGGCUGCACGCCGCCUCCGGGGCGGCCGCCGCCCGACUGCUCAAGCCCGAGCUGCAGGUGUGCGUGUUCUGCCGGAACAACAAGGAGGCGGUGGCGCUCUACACCACCCACAUCCUGAAGGGACCCGACGGGCGAGUGCUGUGCCCGGUGCUGCGCCGCUACACGUGUCCCCUGUGCGGCGCCAGCGGCGACAACGCGCACACCAUCAAGUACUGCCCGCUCUCCAAAGUGCCGCCGCCGCCCGCCGCCCGCCCGCCGCCGCGCAGCGCCAGGGACUGCCAGCCGGGGAAGAAGCUGCGCUGAGCGCCUGGGCUCCCGUCUGCCCCCACCUGACGCCACCAGGGUCACGGCCUGCCCGCUCUCUCAUUUUUGGUCUGCGCACCGUCUUUCCCUCGCUGUGGGAGAGGCCUGGAGAUCAGCAGUUGGCUCAGCUUGGGAAGAAGUCUUGGU